AUGUCCACACUGAUGCGGACUCUCCUCAUCACUCUCUGGGCCGGGCGGGCCCUUGGUGCGGUGUGUAACAGUAAUGGGACCUCCGUAAUCGCUCUUCCCAUCACAGAUAUCGCCGUCGACCCCAGUAUUCCCGACUCGUUGAUGAGGGGUAUCCCGUCAAGGAUCGGCACGCCUCCCCAACACAUCGUUGUGCUGCCAUGGCCGGACCUGAACAACACAUACAUCUACGACCAAGAGGCGUACUGCGAUCCAUCCAUCAUCUGGAACGACAAGAUUUGCGAGAUCCGGAGGGGUGGCUACUUUUACGAAGCCAACUCUACCAGCUUCACCAAGUACUCGGACCUCGUCGCCUCAGGGGGCGCCACGCAGGAGCUGGGGACACGCGGGGCCGAGCUGGGGGUGCCGAAGCUGCUGUCAACCAGCCUCGCAGGCACGGAACGCUUCGCCGCUGGCACAAGCAACUUCACGACCAUGCCCAUUGGCAUUCCGCGUAUGCGCUGGGAUAACGGCUACACCAUCCUUCACGCCCUCGGCCUCGGGUCCAACUCAACCUAUUUGAACGCGCUGGUAGAGUCACAACAGAUCGGAUCUCGCGUUUGGUCCAUCUUCUGGGGGCGCAUGUGGACCGGCAGCGCCGCUACCGACCUGGACGGCUCCGUUGUCCUCGGCGGCUAUGAUCAGGAAAAGGUGAUUGGGCGCAACGUGACGCAACCUCUCGAUUAUAGCGAAGAGACCGGCUGUUGGACGGGAAUGAAGGUGACUGUGUCAAAUGUUCUGGUCAACUUCAGGAACGGCACCGACUACAGCAUCAUGCCGCGCAACUCCGCCGUGGAGUGCUGCAUUGUUCCGCAGCGCCAGCUUGUGUGGGAGGCCCCUGUUGACAUGGUGGACGCGUUUGAGAGAGCGACCCAGAUGAACAGUACCGGCCUGUCCUACGGUUUGCACUGGGGUGCGAGACAGUACGAUGCGUCUGGGAAUAUCUUCGACGGUGAUGUAACCUUCGUCCUCUCCAGCGGCCUCCAAAUCCGCGUUCCCAACAAUCAGUUGAUAACCCCUUUCGUCGAGGUUGAUCGCAAUGGUUCCCGCCUCGUCCACCAGAGUCCAAAAGAGCUGCUGAUGGGCGGCGUGAGCGAUAACCCGACGACACUAGGCCGCUAUUUCUUCACAGCGGCCUACCUGAUGGUGGAUCACGAGGCCCACACCUUUACCAUGUGGCAGGCCAAUCCAACCACGAAAAGCAACUUGGUUCCUGUGGCCCGCACAUCAACCGACAAUGCGGAUGGUGCGUGCGGAGGAGAUAGCGGAGGCACCGGUGAUACUGGAGUUGCGAAUGGCGGAGACAGCGCCGGCGAGGCUGCUUCGAAGGCGUCAUCUUCGAUCAGCGCUGGCGCGGUUGCCGGGGCUGCAGUUGGGGGCGUAGCUGCCCUUGGUGCCCUGGCCGCCCUGAUUUUCAUCCUUUUGCGGAGGAAGAAGAAGCGGGCGAUGGUAACCUCCGGACAGCCGCCACCCGCGGAUGCUUCCGGGGUAAACCCGGGUGAGCCGGAUGAGAUUUAUUACAAGACUGAUAUGUCUGGCAUUCAUGAGAUGCCAGGGAUUUCUGACUCUCACCGGGAAUUGCAUGGAGUAUCGGUAGCCCCCCUGGGAAACGGGGCGUGGGCGAACGGCGAGAGGCCAAGACCAUCAUUCACGGCGUAUGAAUUAGAAGCAGCCGGAUUGUCGUCUGGGUACAGAACUUAG